CAUGUGUUUACCAAAAUGAUUUUGUGGCUAAUUGAGUUUUUACCCUACCUUUGGGUAGUGACAGUCCCAGUUUAUGGUUCAUUCUGUGGAAUUGAUCUUAUUUUAAGAAUAUCUAUUCUCUUGUUCAUUUAUGUCAUUGCAGGAGAAAUGGUACCAAAAUCGUUGCAUUCAGUGGUUCCAUAUCUGAGCUUUGGAUUAUGGGUUUUAAUUGUGUACUAUGUGCCUAUCAACCUGAUUCCUUGGCCAGUUAUCUGGUUGUAUGAUAAGUUACUAUGGAUAACUGGUCCAGUGCUGAUGAUUACAGAAAUUGUCCUUGCUCUUAAUUUCCAAAUGAGGUGUAGCCAGCGUGUUUGUGUCAGGAUACAAGAAGACGAUUCAUCUUUAUUUAAGCUAAUCAUCAUUUUAUUUUCUGCUGGCUGUUAUGCACUAAUGGCAUCCUUUCUGUAUGAGAUUUAUUCUACUGGCUCCACAACUCAUUAUUUACUGAUGUUCUUAGUGCUGAUUAUGUGUGUAGCGGUACACAACAUGAUGUGGAUGUCCCAGGAUGGAAUCCUAUGUGAUGCAGCUUUCACUUGUAUGUGUACAGUGUGUAUUCUUUAUGCCAUGAAGGAGGAGACAACUCUCAUCAACUCACCUCUUAAGACUCCAUCAACCUGGUUUCAGUAUGAUCCCAAACAGUCUAUGUUUCAUCUGGGACUGUUCAUCUUCAAUAGCACAGUUGAUAGUGCAGGCCUGGCCAUUGGAUUUCUUAUGAAGUUUUUGCGUCCAUUUUUCCUGUUGACUCUGGGUGUUCGUCUUUAUAGCAUUCUGUAUAUUAUAGAAUCCAUGAAUAGAAUAGAUGAACUGCAGCGCGAAUACUCAUGGGAUACUUAUGAAUACCUGGAUGAAGAAAUAACACCCUGGAAAUCUCCUCUGACCAUGAAGUUGGCAGUAGUGUUCAUGUUCACACAAAUGACCAGCAACUUGUUCUACGAGAGUCAAGGUGUAACAAUUCUAAACACAUUCCCAUUUAACCUGGUGAGGAAUUUUUAUCCCAAAGACAUCAUAUUUGGUAGAGUUGUGCAAAUGAUUGCUGCAAACUGUUUCUACAUCUGGAGAUUAUCCAAUGAAAGGGCAGAGUGGAGCAACUAGUUCUCAUGAAGUGAUAUGAUUGGUGUAAAUUGUCUUUACAUUCAGAGAAUAGCCAAUCAAAAGGCAGAGUGAAACUACUGGAUCUCAUGGAAUGGAAUGAUUGGUUUCUACAUCUAAAGACUAUCAAUGAUAUGACAUAGAGGAAUGACUGUUUUAUUCAAGAUUAGAAUAAAAGAUGUAAACUUUUGUGUAUUGAAAGAUUAUGCAAUGAAAGAAUAGUUAGAGUGCAGAGCUGGUUCUGUUAGGAGUAAAAUGAUUUGGUGUGAGCUUUUAAACAAUUACUGAAGGGGAGUGAUAGGUUCUAAUUAAAUGAGUUGGUUUCUUUGAUAUAGAUUUUCCAAUAUUGCUUUGCCAUUAAAUCCACAUAUCAUUUUGAUUAUGACCAAGUGCAUAGAAUUCCAGUUUGAUUUGUUUAUAUGUGAAGAAAGCAAGAAGAGAAUGUGCUAUUUUUGAUAAGUUCUGUGAG